AAGGAACGGGAGAGAAGGGAGAGAAGAGGCAGGAGAGGAGGUGGAGAGAGCUCGAAGCUGGAGACCGGCAGAGAGGGGGCGCGGAGGAGGCGACGGAGGAGGGAAGGCAGAAGCCGGAGGCAGGAAGGAGCAGAGAAGGGCGAGGAGGAGGAGGGGGAGAAGCCGGAUGGAGACCCGGAGUUAGGGGGCCUGGGAGAGCUUAAUGAAAAGAAGACGAAGAGGGGGUGUGGAUUAGAGCCGAGAGGUAGCCCUGGGAGAAGCAGAAGGCCGAGAGAGGAGUAGGAAGAUCAAGAGGCAGUGGGUAGAGGGGGACUGGGGGUUCGGGGAAAGGAGGAGAGGAAGGAGGAAAGGCACAGAGAGAAGGGGAGGAGAGAGGAGUGGAUUUGGGGGGCUCAGUCCCCAGCUGCCUUGGCAUUUGGGAAACUGGGUCUCCCUGUGGGGAGGAGAGAAAGGCUGGAAGUACUGGAGGGACAGUCCCAGAAAAAGGGAGAGAGGAGCUGAAGGGGAGCAGGGCACUGGGAAGGGGCUGCUUGGAGGCCUCCCGGGGAUGGGAGGUGCGGUUCGUCUGAGUGCCCCUCGAGCGCUGGUACUCUGGGCCGCACUGGGGGCGGCAGCUCACAUCGGACCAGCACCUGACCCCGAAGAUUGGUGGAGCUACAAGGAUAAUCUCCAGGGAAACUUCGUGCCAGGGCCCCCCUUCUGGGGCCUGGUGAAUGCAGCCUGGAGUCUGUGUGCAGUGGGGAAGCGGCAGAGCCCUGUGGAUGUGGAACUGAAGAGGGUCCUUUAUGACCCCUUUCUGCCCCCGCUGAGACUCAGCACUGGGGGAGAGAAGCUCCGGGGAACUCUGUACAACACCGGCCGCCAUGUCUCCUUCCUGCCUGCACCCCGGCCCGUGGUCAAUGUGUCUGGGGGUCCUCUCCUUUAUAGCCACCGACUCAGUGAACUGCGCCUGCUGUUUGGAGCACGCGACGGAGCUGGCUCUGAACACCAGAUCAACCACCAGGGCUUCUCUGCUGAGGUGCAGCUCAUUCACUUCAACCAGGAACUCUAUGGGAAUCUCAGCGCUGCCUCCCGGGGCCCCAAUGGCCUGGCCAUUCUCAGCCUCUUUGUCAAUGUGGCCGGUAGCUCAAACCCAUUCCUCAGUCGCCUCCUUAAUCGUGACACCAUCACUCGUAUCUCCUACAAGAAUGAUGCCUACUUUCUUCAAGACCUGAGCCUGGAGCUCCUAUUCCCCGAAUCCUUUGGCUUCAUUACCUAUCAGGGCUCUCUCAGCACCCCGCCCUGCUCGGAGACUGUCACCUGGAUCCUUAUUGACCGGGCCCUCAAUAUCACCUCCCUCCAGAUGCACUCCCUGAGACUGCUGAGCCAGAAUCCUCCGUCCCAGAUCUUCCAGAGCCUCAGCGGUAACGGCCGGCCUCUGCAGCCCUUGGCCCACAGGGCCUUGAGGGGCAACAGGGACCCCCGGCACCCCGAGAGGCGCUGCCGAGGCCCCAACUAUCGCCUGCAUGUGGAUGGUGCCCCCCAUGGUCGCUGAGACUCCCCUUCGAGGAUGGCGCCUGCCGGUCUCAAGCCUCCCCUCGAGGGGAAGGGAAUCACCCACAAAACAAAGCUAUUAAAGGGAAAGAAUACUUCCUGUU